GAGAAAAAGAGAGAGACUAGGAGAGAGGGAGAGAAAGAAAGAGAGUAAGAGAGAGGGAGAGAAAAGGAGAUCCUAGGAGCACGUCUGCUUUUACUCUACUCCACUCAGUGCAGCCAGGAGAGUGCAUGCAACAGUCAGCGUGGGUGAGGUGGAAGCUGUUAAUUGCGCACUGCCACACACAGGAAAAAUACAGCAACAGGAUCCUCUGUGUUUUACUCUGUUGGAGUGUCAAGACAGGCAGAGAGACACGGGACGAGGGGAGACGAUUUCUGGUGGAAGACCUCAACAGCGCUGGACUCCUAUCGAGUUGUGAUGCUCGCUGUGCGGAUGCCUAGAAGUGAGGAGAAGGCAUCUGUUGGAAUCUAGAGGCUCAGAUGCGUCGGAGCUGGCAGGAUUCAUAUGGUACCGGACCUAUAGCGCUGCAUGGACAGUAUUGGCACUGGACCAGCUCAGGAGCAUCUGUGUGUUUACUCAGUCUGGACGUGGUAAGAGUGGGCUGCAACUGAAGGACAGACAGGCAACAGCAGUGUGAUCUGAUUGUGUGCUAUCCCCUCGUAUCCACAUCCAAUUCCUUCUCAAGCACUGGCAUCCCCUCAACCAAUCGCUGUGUACGACUGUUACCCUCUCAACCAAUCUCUGUACACACAGCGCUAGGAGUGGUAGUAGUGCGGUAGGAGUUCAAAGAGCUUGGGGCAUCAGACAGACAGAUAGGUGCUGUUCUGGACUUGAUUUACAAUUGAAUGAAACAAAGGCCACAGGGCCCAACCAGUCCAGCCAUUUAUUCAACAGAUGAGAUGAGAAAGCUGCUGCUGAGUUAAAGGCCUGUUCCAUUAGAAUCUCCCCAGGGGAGGACCAGGGAGUACGAGACCCAGGACCCUGCCUCUCUCUCCGCCUAGUCUCCACUCAACGCUGGAUGGCUCUCACUAAUGUGCGCACACAUGAAUGGCACAAACAUGGGAACGUAUGCUUCUGCUUGCCUGAAAACAACACACUGUUUGGAAUACAAGCGGUUAGACCUACAAGCCCUCUGGAAUGGAGUUAAAGACUAUGCUGAUUAUUUUGUGAUCAGUUCUACACCACUGGACUGAGGGGAACACCUUUCUUCUCCAACCAAUGACUUGGAUCCUACAGGAUUUUGUCACACAGUCAGUAGCAUAAAGACCCUCUGCAGAGGUCUGUGUCUGGGUGUUUUGGACUGAAGCUGCUCUGCCUGGGAAUACUACCAUUCGUUUAUGAACCGAAGAUCCGGAGGCUCUGAAAGUUUAUCUGUGAUCCACUCAUCCGUCAACUCUCCCAGCACCGCCAGAACAAACGCCAGAAAGAGAGGGGGAGAGAGAGACCCACACACACACACAGGAAAACGACAAGUGAGAGAGAGGCGGCGGGGGGGGGGAUUUCUGGGUUAUAUCCAGGCGUGUGUUCUCUCUCCAUUUCAACGUUGAUGACAUAGAUGCUCGUUGUGGCAGAUUCUUAAACAUUCUCUGGUCAUUAGCGGCAGGAAGGAGAAGAACUAGCGGUCCAUUCUAAACCAGUCUGUUUAAAGGAGGAUAGGGAGGUCUCCAGCUAACAGCCGCCGCUGUGGAAGGUCAUAGGUCACACUCUAGUUGGAUGUAGUGCUUCCAGUGGUUCAGCUGUGUCUAUGAGGUCACAGUGCCUCUGAUUGGUUGUGACUAGGAUCUCUGGUGGUGGAGCCUGCCUUCUUUGGAAACCUUCUGGUUCUUAGUUGUGGGACCCUCAUGGUGAUAUUAUGCCUGGAUCAGGUGCCUGCCUGUGUGGAUCCAGCUGGGAAUCUACCUGACCAAGAAGACCCGCUGGGCCUCAGAUAGAGCUGGUUGGAAGGGAUAAUGCAUAUCCUUCGCCCUAUGGAGAGAGAAGAAGGCACCAUGAGUAACGUCACCGUCACGGACAACGAAGCCGAGCCCAUCAGCCGAACCAUGUCCCCUGCAACUCCGUACCCGUACCCAUACCCCAUCUCCUUUCAGGUAUCUCUGACUGGAUUUCUAAUGCUGGAGAUUGUGCUGGGCCUGAGCUCCAAUCUCACCGUGCUGGCCCUGUACUGCAUGAAGUCCAACUUGAUCUCGUCCGUGUCCAACAUUGUCACCAUGAACCUCCACGUCCUGGAUGUGUUGGUGUGCAUCUGCUCCAUCCCCCUCACCAUCGUGGUCCUGCUGCUGUCCCUGGAGGGCGACACGGCUCUGGUCUGCUGCUUCCACGAGGCCUGCGUGUCCUUUGCCAGCGUGGGGACGGCCGCCAACGUCCUGGCUAUCACCCUGGACCGCUACGACAUCUCGGUGAAGCCGGCGAACCGGGUCCUGACAAUGGGCCGGGCCUUGGCGCUGCUGGCCGUCAUCUGGGUCCUGUCGUUCCUCAGUUUCCUAGUGCCUUUCGUGGAGGUGGGUUUCUUCGCCCCCGGCCGGUCCGAACUAAAUCAGACACUAGCGGCUGUGGCUACGGUGGCCCACAUCAACCAGUAUUACACAGAGCUGGGAUUGUACUACCACCUACUGGCUCAGAUCCCCAUCUUCUUCUUCACGGCCGUGGUCAUGCUGAUCACAUACUCGAAGAUCCUCCAGGCACUCAACAUCCGCAUCGGCACGCGUUUCCACACUGCGUCGCAGAAGAAGAAGGCCAGGCGGAAAAAACGCCCCUCCGUGACGCUUAUGACGUCACAGGCGACGGACGGCGCUGCCGACCCAUCCCAGUCUGGCGGCCGCGCGCUCCCGACCAUGGGCAUGAGGACCUCUGUGUCCCUCAUCAUCGCUUUGCGGAGGGCGGUCAAACGGCACCGGGAGCGACGCGAACGCCAGAAGCGUGUCUUCAGGAUGUCACUGCUCAUUGUGUCAACGUUCCUGCUCUGCUGGACUCCCAUAACCGCCCUCAACACGGUCAUCCUGACGGUGGGCCCCAGCGAUUUCACGGUCAAGCUGCGGUUGGGCUUCCUGGUCAUGGCGUACGGGACGACCAUCUUCCACCCGCUGCUCUACGCGUUCACCAGGCAGAAGUUCCAGAAGGUUCUGAAGAGUAAGAUGAAGAAGAGGGUCGUGAGCAUAAUAGAGGCUGACCCACUACCUAACAACGCUGUCAUCCGUAACUCUUGGAUCGACCCCAAGAGGAACAAAAAGGUCACCUUCAACGAGGAUCCAGAGGCCACGCAGAAAUGUCUGCCAUCGUCAGAGGACGCAGUGGAAUGAAUGAAUACCCAGUGACUUCCUAAAGAGGUUUGCGUCUCUUUGCCUAAUGGCUGAGGUGUUGCGACGACUGCCACUGUGUUUGAAUCCCGGACAAUGCUGAUGAUAGGUCAUCUAGAAAUUAAGCAGUGGAAUGAAUCACAGAAUCCAGUCUUUUUCACCAGAAAGAACAAUUCAAGGGCGAGACACACCAUGACAAACUUUGUAGUUUACAAUACGAACGAUGGAAACUUAACAUGUUAUUGUUGAAAAAUGAACAGGAAAUGAACGGGUUUCACCCGUUAGUGCCCCUUAAAAGCAGUGGAGGCUAGUGUAGUCCAAAUCACACCAUAGGCUGGAAUGGGAUGAGAGAACAUUACCUAACACUUAUACACUGAAAAAAGGACAAAUCAGGUUAAUCGAGUGUGAUGAAAAAAAGGGAAACACCUAUUCCAAAAGCAGCAAUGUAAAAUAUGUUUAUUUGCUGUAAAUUUUAACAUAUAGGUGUAUUCACUGUAAAUGUAAAAUAGACUGUAAAUUUCACUGUACAUUUACAAAUGCCAAAGGUGGAUAAUUUAUGACUAUUUAUUGAAAACAAAGUAUAUUAGAGUUUCAUAGAUAAAAGCUCUUUGUAUUGCAUGGCUGUCUGUAACUGUGGCAGUAUAGUACACUUACAGGCCGACUCGCGGCUGCGGAUUAAGCCCAGUCUGGGACUAAAGAAGUCAACGUCCAUGGAUUGAGCGUGGUAUUCUUCAGUCCUACGAUAGACUUAACGUGUGUCCGUUAAAACAGCCCUGUGCGCAUCGGUGUUUAUAGCCACAUGUACAGCGUACCACCGUGUAAUGGAUACACAUUCUAUGUAGAGCUAAUAGACAUUGUAUAAAUAGUAUAUUUAUAAUAAAUAUGGUAUUCACUUAA